GGGAUCUGCAGAACAAUGGAGGCCACAGCAACGGCAGAUCGCCGGCACCCGGUGUCAGUGAGCCCAGUGGCCCUGGUGCAGACUGAGAGGCUCCAGACCUUUGCCUUCUCUGUGCGCUGGUCCGACGGCAGCGACACCUUGGUGCGCAGGAGCUGGGACGAGUUCCGGCAGCUCCAGAAGACCCUCAAGGAGGCGUUCCCGAUGGAGGCGGGGCUGCUGCGAAGAUCUGACCGCGUUCUCCCCAAGCUCUCGGAUGCUCCGCUGCUGGCGCGCACGGGGCGCACCGGCCGCGGCCUGGCCCGCCUGCGGCUGCUGGGCGCCUAUGCGCGGGCACUGCUGGCAUCAGCGGACCGCGUGUCCCGCAGCCCCGCACUCAUCGGCUUCUUCGCCCCGCAACCUCUGGACUUGGAGCCCGCGCUGCCCCCCAGCAGCCUGGUGAUCCUGCCCGCCCCGGAGGCGCCCUCCGUGCACCCCGCCGACCUCCCCGCCGCCGCCGCUGCUGUGCACAGCCUGGAGGCCCAGCGCCUGCGAUGCCUGCGGUCCUUCCGCACCCAGGACACGCGGGGUAGGCCCUUCCAGGCGCGGGCUCGGGAGAGCCUGGCCGUGCUGCUGCGGCACCCCUCAGGAUGGUGGCUGGUGGAGAACGAGGACCAGCAGACUGCCUGGUUCCCAGCUCCCUACCUGGAGGAGGCCAUACCCGGCGGAGGCCAGGCUGGCGUCCUGCCGGCGAAUAGCGGGACCCAGUUCUGUGCCUCCCUGGCCUACGAGAGCAGCCGUGUGGACGAGCUGUCGGUGCCCGCGGGCGCGCGCGUGUGCGUGCUGGAAACUUCAGACCGCGGCUGGUGGCGGUGCAGGUAUGGCGCCCGGACAGGUCUGCUUCCUGCAGUGCUGCUGCGCCCUGACGGCCUAGGGGCCCUCCUGAGCAGGCCCGUGGUUCUCGGGGAAGCCAGGGUGGAUGAUGCUGGAACUGUUCCCCCAGUAGUGCCCGCCCGGCCCCAGCUAGAUGCCAUCCAGAGCCGCUGCUGCACAAUCACCCGCAGGGCACUCAAGCGGGAGCCCCCUUUGAGGGUAUCUGAAAGCCUGCAAGGAGCCUGCUUCAGUGCACCCCAGCCACAGGCAGAGGAUCCAGUCCUAGGCUCUAGGCUCUAGGGGUGGAGGAGCGGAUGAGGGUGG